AAUCAUUUUUUGUGGUUGUCACUCGUUGCAGAUGAGUUUUUAUAUAACGAUAAUAAUGGAAUUAUUGGGUUCGGAGUAUGGGAUGAGUUUGGGCUUCUUGGGUAUGAUCAACCCAAUAUUACUACUAGUGAUCAUCAUCGGGUUGGUGAGAAGCCAUUAUCAUUAAUGUGCAAUGAUAAUAUUGAUCGUCGUGAAAGUAACUAUGGAGAUAAUCAUGAUGGAAAAGGAAAGGACAUAAUAAUAAAGGAAGAGAGGAAGGUGAAUAAUAAGAGGCCGUAUAGAUCAUCAUCAGUAUUGGUAAUAUCAGAAGAGAAGAGCAGUUCAAAAAGGUUAUCUAAGGAAGUAUUGUCAAAGUAUUAUUACAUGCCUAUAACCCAAGCAGCUAAAGAGCUUAACGUAGGAUUGACUCUUCUCAAGAAAAGGUGUAGAGAAUUGGGUAUUAGACGUUGGCCUCAUAGAAAGCUUAUGAGCCUCCAAACCCUCAUAAAAAAUGUUCAGGAUUUGAGGAAUGGAGAAAGUAAUAAUGAAGAAAACGAUUCAAGGUAUAAACAGUACAUAGAGUUGUUGGAGAGAGAGAAGAAGUUAGUGGAGGAAGUUCCCGAUGUUGAGCUUAAUGAGGGCACAAAGAGGCUAAGACAAGCUUGUUUCAAAAACAACUAUAAAAAGAGAAAGAUGAUUACGACGACGACCACGACGAUGGAUUAUUGUAGUACUACUGAUUUGGAGGAAGAAGAAGAUGACGAAAUCAAGUUUCUUUUGUCUGACUCAUUUUCUUCCAGUAGCAUGUACUGA